AUGCGUUUCUCAACUCUCCUCGUCGCUAUCGCCCCUCUGGCGCUGGCCCAAGAGACCACCACUACCUCAUCCAGCAUGAGCAUGAGCACCUCGGAUGCCAGCUCCGCCGCCAGCUCAGCGGCCAGCGUCACCUCCUCCAUCGGGUCUGCGAUCUCGUCUCGCCUGUCCUCAGCUUCGUCUGAGGUCUCAUCGGCCCUGAACUCCAUCACUUCGGACACCAACAGCCGUGCCUCAUCCAUCCAGUCUGAGCUUUCCACUGCUACUGGCUCAGCCGCCGCCUCCCUGUCCUCGGCACUCGCCAGCCUGAGCAGCUCCGCCGGGUCCAAGGUCUCCUCUGCCACCAAGUCGGCUGGUAGCGCUGCCUCAAGUGCGAGCUCAUCCGCUUCUGGCAACUACGGCCCCGUGCAGACUGCUGCCGUUGGCAUGGGUGCUCUGUUCGGUGGUGCUGCCGUCCUCGCCAACCUGUAA